AUGUCAAACUUUGCUCAGGAAUUUGAAGAUGAUGAGCAGUUCCAAAGCGCCGUUGCUGCUCAGUCUUCUACCGGGAGUCCACCUUCUGCUGAAAAAGACCCAGAUGCAGAGGUUGUAGCACUGUCACCAAGAACUCUAAUGGCAACAAAUAGAUAUAUAUGUGAGGUAUGUCACAAAGGAUUUCAGAGAGAUCAGAACCUUCAGCUCCACAGAAGGGGGCACAACUUGCCGUGGAAGCUGAAGCAAAGGACAAACACAGAGAUUAAGAAGAGGGUGUAUGUGUGUCCAGAGCCUAACUGUGUGCAUCAUGACCCAAGCCGGGCUUUAGGUGACUUAACCGGCAUCAAGAAACACUUCUGCAGGAAACAUGGAGAAAAGAAAUGGAAGUGUGACAGGUGCUCCAAACGUUACGCCGUUCAAUCAGACUGGAAGGCUCACGCCAAGAUCUGUGGGAGCCGAGAAUAUCGUUGUGAUUGUGGCACAAUCUUCUCCAGGAAGGAUAGCUUUGUGACUCACAGAGCCUUCUGUGAUGCAUUGACAGAGGAGAAUCACAGGGCAAACCAGAACAUUGCUACCGGAGGAGGAAUGUUACAGAGCCACGCGCAAGAUCUGUUCAUUUCAUCAAUGGCCAGCCCAGAUUCCUUCUCAAAUACAAACACAACGAUGAACUUGUCAAUGUCUAAUGAGAACGGUGACAAUUCGCUAAAGCCACUGUCUUUGGACUCAGCCGGAGUCAUGAUAUCAGAUCCUACUUUCGAUCCAAAAACAUCACGGACAUGUUUCAGCUCUGACACCGGAUCAAAUGCUUAUCCCAUGGCCAUGGCAAUUGGUUCCUGUUACACAUCUGCAACAGCCCUGUUACAGAAAGCUGCAGAAAUGGGUGCUAAAGCCAGCGAUAACUCGUUUGCGCCAAUACUACUCAGAGGAUUUAAUGGGUACUCCAUUGGCAGCCUCAACCCAUCCGGGUCUGCCCAGGAGGGUUCUUCGGUAAUUGGAGGUAAUAUACGGCCAAUGGCUGGGAGCAACAAUGGUUCUAUUGUGGGAGAUGAAGAAACCUAUAAUAAAAUCAUGGACCCAGAGGAUCAACUCCCAAAUUAUACUGUUUCUCAGACUGGAUUGUUUCGCUCUCCUCUUUCUAUGCACUCAGAAAAUGGACAUGCUGGUGAUCUGUUUAAACGUGUACAAAUUGGAGAAGACAAAAUGACCCUUGAUUUCUUAGGAGUGGAAUCAUCUGGGAAUUCGAGCACGGGCCAGAAAGGAAGCUACGAUGGUAAUAUGAUUGGGUUGGAACAUCCAAAUGCACAGCAAAGCAUGCACAAUUUGCACUCGGAAUGGUAA